AUGAAGGGCGCGCUCGUGUACGGCUCAAAACUGAGCCCCGCGAAGAAGCUUAUAGCGGGUACUUGCCGGGCGCAGCUGCGGAGCGCGUUGCAGCAAUGGGCGGUGGAGGCGAGGCGGAGAGAAGCAGAGGAGGCUGAUGACGCCAGCAGCUCUAGCAGCAGCAGCACACAGGUGCUACCUGGAUCACACGGGGGGGAGGCUUUAUCUGGUGAGGCUGCACCUGGGGAGGGUGGCAGGCCCAGCGCGGACGCUACAGCCCCCGGUGCGGGGCAGCUGUACUCGCAGCGGUGGCGGCGGGGGGUGUUGGCGGGCGCCGCCAGCAGCGCAUACGUGCGGCGCGCUGUGGGCCGGAACGUGACGUCGCUGGCACGGAUCGCGGCGGGGGUGGACGCGGUGUGCGGGGGUGUGCGCGCCGUGGAGGCCGCGCUCGCUGCUGCGGGGGGCUGCGCUGCUUCCGCCGACUGUGGGCUGCGCGGGGACUGUGGUGCUGGCGGGGGCUGUGAGGGCACUGGGAAUGUGCAUGGGCCCGGGAGCGACUCGGUUGAGAGCAGGGCGGACAGCAGCAGCGCUGUGAGCGGUAGCGGUGCCACGUGGCCUGAGGCGUGCUGGCCCGUGCCGCACAUGCCCUUCAACAAGGCAGCGCCGGCCCCAAGCAGCAAGUAUCUGGUGUUCGCCUAUUCGGACGAGCAGCUGUCCAACUCGCGAUCGCACCUCGUGGAGGCGGCCCGCAUCGCCCACGCCACCAACCGCAUCCUCGUGCUGCCCAAGGGCAGUCGCAGCCAUCUCUCGGUAGCACUCUCGCUGCCCUUCUGCGCCUACUUCGACCUCUCCCACUUUGACUCCGCCUCCUGGGUGUCACCGGACCUCUUCCUGCUCAUGGCGCGAGCAGCUCUCUCCGCGCCCUCAGUGGGCUUCAUGCUGCUGCAGUCCGCCUACAUGCGCAAGCAACCCUUCAUGCACCAGCCAGUGGCGGCAAUGCUAGGCGAGCUGGCGGUGUACGGCAUGGGGCACGUGCCUAAUACAGGCAACGCGAUUGAUGUCACCAUGCCUGCUACCAGUGACGCCGUGCUCGCCCGCUUGCACGCAUGGCAGCACAAGCAAGUGGUGGUGUGGGUGAAGGACACGUGGGAGAGGAUAGCCUUUGAGCCCCAGACGGACCUCCUAUCCUUCCAGAUGCUACCCUACAGCCGCCCCUGGCACGCCAUGGCGCAUGCCGUCAUGGCCCACCUGCCCCCGCGCUUCAUUGCUGUUCACCUCCGCUCCGAGUUCAUCGCCUUCCGACUCGUGAGUGCCUUGCGUGCCAUGCCACCUAAUUACGUCCUUAUCCUCUUCUCCUCCCUUCCCUGCUCUCCUCCUGCACCCCCCUCUCUACCCCUACCCUCCUCUCCUCCUCUCCUCCUCUCCUCCUCUCCUCAUCUCAAGAAGGACGGUACGCGGGCCAACGCAACGAUGCUAGAGGAGGUGAUGACGGGGUGUGUGCGCGCGGCACGGGGCCUCAUACAGCAGGCGCAGCGGGACACACACACCACCGCGGUCUUUAUCGCAGCUGAUGUGCCUUUCACUGCCUCUUCCCCCUUCAUCUCCCCCACACAGGCGCAGAGGCUGAAGAGGGACGGCAGGCAGGCCAACGCAAGCAUGCUAGAGGACAUGAUGACGGGGUGUGUGCGGGCAGCACGGAUGUGUCACCAUCCCACCCCCAUCCCCAUACCCUCUAUUCUCCUCUCUUCCUCCCCCUCCAUUACCCCCACACAGGCGCAGAGGCUGAAGAGGGACGGCAGGCAGGCCAACGCGAGCAUGCUAGAGGACAUGAUGACGGGGUGUGUGCGGGCGGCACGGGACCUCAUAGAGCAAGCGCAGCGGGACACGCACACCACCUCGGUCUUUAUUGCCGCAGACGUGCCCUUCACAGCCCGCCCGCGCACACCACGGGCGGGCGCUGACCAGGCGAGAGCCACGCUGAGGGGAGGCAAACCCGGGGGAGGCGAGGCUGGGGAAGGAGGGGGGGAGCAGGAGGGAGGGGAGCAGGCGGGAGGCGGGCAGGGUGCAGGAGAGCAGGAGGUGGUGCGGUCGGACUCGUGGGCAACCACGACUUGGAGCUUUGGGGACGGGGAGAGGGUGAGGGCGGCACCGAGGGACAGCCUGCGGUGGCUGAGGGAGAGCGUGAAGGGCACUGUGAUGCUGGACGAGGUGCUCCCAGAGGUCAACCGGUACGAUCCCGGUGAGUGCAGAGCGGUGCAGAGUGGCGUGUGCGCAUCACGAGUGCUCCCUGCAUUGCUCGCUCUUUUUUCCCUCCCCUUUUCCUCAUCCGUCCCUCUCCCUCACCUGCCCCUCUCUCUCGUCUCCCUCUCUCGCAUCCGCCCUUGGGAACGCAGCUACUCCACCAUCCCGUGUGUUCCACCCGGCCUUCAGCUUUCCUUGCUCGUCUUCCCCUCUCCCCAUGCAGGCAUCGUGGCGAUAGUGGACAAGCUGGUGUUUGCACGCACACGUGUUCCUGGCAGGCUCUAUCCCCUGUGGGGGGGUGCAGGGCCUAAAGAGGCACAUCAGCCUCCUCUGGUGUCUUUCCCUUCCCUUUCCCUGUUCCUCACCCGCCUCCCCCCCUCACCACGAGCAGGCAUCGUGGCGAUAGUGGACAAGCUGGUGUGUGCGCACGCACACGUGUUCCUGGCGGGAUCGAUCCCCUGUGGGGGCGGGCGCGGCUUUGAGGCCGAUAUCAACAACCACCGCUCGCACCUCAACCACCCGCCCUCGUCCCGCAAGCGGUGGUCCACCGAUGCAACCACGUACCUCAACACACUGGUCUGA